AAGCCAGUGAUACAUAGGGACUGUACCGUCAUUAUAUAUAUAACAUUGUACGGAUACUCUUCUACCUGUUAAACAGGUAAACACAGUGCUCUGACACUUUACCAUUGAUACAAUAGCUCCUAUCUGCUGCCAUUUUACCAACAUUUAUAUAGACUAUUAAUGUUCUAUGGCAUCAGAUGUGAGACACAAGACUGAUUGAGUGUUUUCUCAUUUUUAAGGAUCUUCCCAUUUUGGAAAAGUUUAAACACUGCAGUGUUAGUGAUGUUCCGGGUAAUUCUACGGUGAUACUACUAUACCUACGGUAGAGUAGAGGCUGUACCUGGAGACGGUUAUCAAGCCCCUUCUGGACCGAGAUGGCUCUGAUCUUGCACCUCAAGUAUGCGGAGAACCUUCGGGGCCGAGCGGAUCGGCUGGCCAAGGUCUCCUUUAGGGGUGUUUGCCACUACUCCAAAAUCAUCGAGAAUGCUGAGGACAGCAUUUGGUUUGACGAGUCGUUUGAAUGGCCUGUGGCACGUCCCGUGGAAAAAGAAGAAAUCAUCGACAUUCAAGUGUUCAACUACAACAAAUACCUCAGCAACAGACUGAUUGGCACAUUUCGUAUGAUCCUCCAAGAGCUGGUGGAUGUCGGACACGUCAAGAUUUCCGACUCUCUGCUGGACGGCAAUAAUGUAGUAAUGAGGACGACGAUGACAUUUGAGCUGACAUACAAUGCUCCGGAUGGGUCUGUGGGAUUAUGGCAGAAAGGAGAAUUCAAACAGCUAAAGAGUGAUGAGCUACGUGUGCCGCUGACAGAGGAGGAGCGUAACCAGCUCAAUCUGGGGAGUCGCAGCAGCUUUGGAGACACAGACUCCAUCCUGACGAGCCCAUCCAAAGCUUCCCUUAGGGAGUCACGUCUCAGUCUCGCCUCCAAAACCUCACGUACCUCCGGGGGCAGGUCACCUAAACAUGUGAAAAAUUUUCCCUCAGUGGUGAAGAUGAUGAUGGGGUCAGGGAAGAGGUCAGAUGUUGAUGAGAAACAGUCCCUCAUUGAUGAGAUUGAAACAGAUCCAAGCCUUGAUGCACGGGCGGCUGAGGUGGCGUCCAUGUUGGGGGCCCGGGCUGAACAGCUGGACGAUGACCAGGGCAGUCAGUCCUCUGCCAUAGCAACACCGGUCACCAACAGGAGAAACAAGGGGAGAUCACAGCAAAUGGAGCCAGCAUCUUUAAAAGCCCAGGAUUUUCAGGUCUGCAUAACUGUGAUAGAAGCGCGACAAUUGGCGGGACUCAACAUGGAUCCUGUGGUGUGUGUCCAGGUCGGAGACCAGAAAAAGUACACCAGUGUGAAGGAAUCGACGAACUGUCCUUACUACAGCGAGUAUUUUGUUUUUGACUUCCAUAUGGCGCCUGCCAUGUUGUUUGACAGAAUCAUCACGCUGACGGUUUGUCAGUCUGGACGUCUAUUCCGCUCCAACAAGCCCCUCGGAACUUACAAACUUGACGUCGGCACAGUUUACAAUGCCCAAGAUCGGCAGUUUUACCACAAAUGGGCAAUGUUGACGGACUCGGACGACAUCAACGGAGGGGUCAAAGGUUACGUCAAGGUGGACAUCGCUGUGAUAGGCAAAGGAGACUCGGUCAAGGUUCCUCCGAAAACUGAUAAGGAUGAGGACGACAUUGAAGGAAAUCUGUUGCUACCGGAGGGUGUUCCUGCCGAUCGUCAGCGUGCCAAAUUCACUGUGCGAGUGCUGAAGGCAGAGGGCCUACCCAAAAUGAAUACAGGGAUCAUGGCUAAUGUCAAAAAGGCAUUCACUGGUGAAACUAAGGACUUGGUGGACCCCUAUGUGUCAGUGUCCUUCGCUGGACAUGUGGGGAAGACAUCGGUGAAGAAGGGAUGUUACGAACCUGUAUGGAAUGAACAACUGGUGUUUACGGAGAUGUUUCCGCCAUUAUGUCGGAGGAUGAAGGUUCAACUGCGGGACAGUGACAAAGUCAACGAUGACAUCAUAGGCACGUUCUUCAUUGAUAUCUCCAAAAUAUCUAAUGAAGGAGACAAAGGGUUUCUCCCGACGUUUGGCCCCUGUUGGAUAAACCUGUAUGGGUCAAUACGUGACUACAGCCUGCUGGACGAGAACACGCACCUCAAUGAUGGUCUCGGGGAGGGGGUGUCCUAUCGGGGGCGCAUGCUCAUAUCCCUGAAAACAGACAUCAUUGAUAGCGUUGAGGAGGGCUCUAAUAAAGCUAUGGUAGAGCUGGAACCAGCACUGCCUUUACCAGAGAAUGCAACAGGACGAGUAGAGGAAUACUUUCUGUUUGGAUGUUUCCUAGAGGCCUCCAUGAUUGACAAGAAGGUUGGAGACAAGCCUGUCCGUUUUGAAAUAAGCAUUGCAAAUGCUGGAAACACUCUGGAUGGGUAUAACCCUCCCACAAAGAAGAAACAGGACUCGAGCAGCGAGGAGGAAGACAGUGAAGAGGAAGGGGAGGAUGGACCGAUGGAGAAACUCAGUACAGACUCUCCAAAGUGGCAGAGCCACACUCCGCCCCUGCGACCAGUCACCCGCGACCGAUGCUAUUACCACCUACCAUUUUACGAUGACAAGCCAUGCGUGUACAUCAAGGAAGUGUUUGAGGACCACAGGCGGAGAAUGUACAACACAAACAUUAUCAACAAGAUAGUGGAGAAACUGGAGGAUGGUAUCAACGAUGUGCAUGAAAUGAUCAACCAGGAGCAGCCCUUCCCAGAGAAGCGUCUCCGGGGAGUGUUUGAAGAGCUCGGCUCAUCAGCUUCAAAGUUUGUCACGAUAGUAAAGGGGACAAGUGGGGGAGCCACAGCAGGCAAAACCAAACUGGACAAGGAACGUCAAAAACUACUCAUCAGGGAAAUGGAUCAGAUGUCUACCCUUGCUCGCAGUAUGAAGGCCACUGUAUCCAAGGGAAAUCUCAAGGACAAAAUUCGCUAUGCAAGCCAAUACCUGCAACGACUUAAGGGUCUUACCUCGGAGCCCCAGCACGCCCUGCCUGAUGUGUUUAUAUGGAUGGUGAGUGGCAACAAGAGAAUUGCCUACCAGAGGAUUCCCGCAAUGGACAUCAUCUACUCCAUCGUAGACGAGGAACGCGGCAAAGACUGCUCCCGCGUUCAGACAUUGCUGCUCAAGUUGCCAGGGAAGAAAGCUACCAGUCAGGCAGGCUGGGCUAUUCAAGCCAAGGUUCAGGUGUACCUGUGGCUUGGUCUGGCCAAACACAAAAAGGACUUCCUCAAUGGACUGCCUGGGGGAUACGAAACAAACAAACUUAUACAGCUGGCCAUCAAACCACAAGGAAUUCCCCCACCUUUUAUACAUUAUACAGAGAAGCAGUUAUUCCAGUUACGAGCCCAUCUCUAUCAGGCUCGCAGUCUGAUUGGUUCAGAUGCGUCGGGACUGUCUGACCCCUUUGCACGAAUCGCCUUUGGGGACCAGAGUGUGUGUACACAGGUGAUUGAAGAGACACUGAGCCCGACUUGGGACGAAAUGCUCAUCAUCAACGAAGUGACCAUGUUUGGGUUGAUGGAGGAAAUCGCCAACAGCCCCCCUACCAUUAUAGUGGAACUGUUCGACCAGGAUAAAGUGGGCAAGUCUGAGUUUAUCGGACGGUCAAUCACAAAGCCGUUGGUGAAGAAAAGCAAUGAAAAAUAUGAAAUGCCUAAAUUCCCUCCACGCCUGGAAUGGUGGGACAUCCGCAGAGGACCAGACCGCGCCGGGGAACUGCUGGCAACCUUUGAACUCCUACAGUUCCCCUUCGAGGAGGCAGACCUUCGCGAGGCUCAUCUCACUCCGCCUCAUGCCAGGAAAAUUAAGCUGUUGGCAGCGUUUGGCGACAUGUCUGGGCAGGACUUACCUCCCCUUCAACUUCCAGCUGCCUCUGACAAAGAUCGUGGGCCCAUUAUGCCCGUACCAAAGGGUAUUCGGCCAGUUCUCAGCAAACAUCGCAUAGAGAUACUGUUCUGGGGUGUGCGUGACCUAAAGCGUGUCCAGCUGACCUCCGUCGACAAGCCUCGUAUUGACGUUGAGUGUGCAGGACAGGUCCUACAGUCUUCCAUCAUACAGACAUGCAAGAAAAACCCUAACUUCAAUGUCCCUGUCAAGUUCUUUGAUGUGGAGUUGCCAGAAAAUGAGUUGUAUUGUCCUCCGAUCACGAUUCGCUGUGUGGACUGUCGGAAUUUUGGGCGCUACGUCCUAGUUGGCACCCACGUCAUCAACUCCCUACACAAGUUUAUGUAUGUACCCACAACCAAGAAAGCCAAGUCCAUCAUCUCCAAGCUGUUUCCAGAUGAAACAAAGGAGAACGAAGGUCCUGUCUCAGGAAAGGACCCAGAUGCACCCAAGAUUAUUAGUGAAGGACACGUGUCUGUGAAGGCAGAUGAUGUUGCAGUGACGAUUGACGAACGCCUGCCAUUGGUUCACAAGGAGCCGUCUCGUGUUAAUAUAGACUUGGCUGCAGAAAAGAAGGAAAAGAAAACAGCAGAGAACAAAAAAAGGAAGAAGAGUUCAGCUGAUGAUGAGGAUGACCUUGACCUUGAGAGUUUGGACUGGUGGAGCAAAUAUUUUGCUUCUGUAGACACUUUGAUCAUGGAUGAAGAGGACGACAAUGUGGAAGUGAAGGUCAUCCGGGAUCAGUAUUACGAACAAUUUGAGGAACAUGACCGUGCUCGGGCCGACGGUGUCGAUCCUCUUGACCUUGACAAUAAGGAAGAGGUCGCUUCAUCACAGCAGCAGCAGCAGACCCUCCAGAACGGUCAAGGAAAUGGUACCAACUAUGGCACGAUUCCAAACGGUCAAGAUACAGGUCAUGAUGACGAUGAUCCUGACUUCAAUGCGAAAGAAGCCAAAAAGUUUGAAGCCGCUCUGAAGAAAAUGGAAAAGCAGGAUGCCAAGGGUGAUAAAAAGUCCAAGGGGUCUAGUCUAGCCUCCAAACUGUCACCCAAAUCUCAGAGGAAGAAGGAGAAAGCAACAAAUUCCACUGCCCAGCUCAAGACUAUUUCCUCUGGAUUGUUAUCGUCCAAUUUCCACACGUUUGUCAAUAAAGCCUUUCAAUCAGAUAAGGAUGACACAAUUAAAUGUGAGGAGGAAAAGCCAAGGUGUACUUUACUGAAGGUGUUUCCCUGUGAGUUGGAAAGUCUUAAUGACUUUAGUAACUUCAAGGAUUGGCUGCACACAUUUGAGUUGUACCGCGGCAAGAAGACCGGCAACGAUGACACGGACGAAAGCCGAGUGGUUGGCAAGUUCAAGGGAUCACUGAAGAUCUACAAGAUCCCCCUCCCAGAUGACAUUGAGGACACAACAGUGACAGGUGGUGACCCCUCCCUAGGACUGUUCCAGGGUCUCCCUGGCAACGACCCCAUCAAAGUGCUAGUCAGAGUCUAUGUUGUAAAGGCAAAUGACCUACAUCCUGCAGAUAUGAAUGGAAAGGCAGAUCCCUACCUGGUCAUCCGACUUGGUCAAACGACCAUCAAUGACAAGGAAAACUAUCUCUCCAAGCAACUCAACCCUGUUUUUGGCAAAUGUGUCGAGAUUGAGGCCACCUUUCCAAUGGAGUCUCUCCUCACGGUGCAGGUCUACGACUGGGACCUUGUCGGCAUGGAUGACCUAAUUGGGGAGACGCAGCUCGACCUGGAGAACCGGUACUACAGUCGUCAUCGAGGGACAUGUGGGUUCACUGCCAAGUAUGAUGUACAAGGGUACAACAUGUGGCGAGACCCGAUGAAGCCGACGCAGAUUCUGGCCAAACUCUGUAAAGAGGGCAAGGUGGACGGUCCGCAUUACCAGCCCGGUAAAGUCCGCAUCGCCAACCGUAUCUUCACUGCGUCCAUGGACCAAGACUUUGACAAUGAUAACAAGGCCAGGGAGGAACACCUAGCCCUGUACGUACUGAAACACUGGGAGGAGAUCCCCAAAGUGGGGCGUAAACUGGUACCAGAACACGUGGAGACCCGGCCAUUGUAUAACCCGGAAAAACCUGGCAUCGAACAGGGUAAAGUUGAGAUGUGGGUGGAUAUGUUCCCCAUGGAUAUGCCUGCCCCUGGGCCGCCCGUCGACAUCAGUCCAAGAAAGCCAAAAAGCUACGAGUUGCGGUGUAUUAUUUGGAACACCGACGAUGUGGUCCUUGAAGAUGAUGCUUUUUUCACCGGUGAAAAAAUGAGUGACAUCUACGUGAAGGGAUGGAUCAAAGGCCAAGAGGACAUGCAGAACACAGACAUUCAUUACAGGUCCCUAACAGGAGAGGGAAAUUUUAACUGGCGGUUUGUGUAUCCAUUCGAGUACCUGAUUGCAGAGGAAAAAAUUGUCAUCUCCCGGAAAGAGUCCUUGUUUUCCUGGGAUGAAUCUGAGACAAAGAUUCCAGCAAGACUCAACCUUCAGGUCUGGGAUGCUGACCAUUUCUCUGCGGAUGACUUCCUUGGUGCCCUGACCCUUGACCUGAACCGGUUCCCCCGCGGAGCUAAGUCAGCCAAAUUGUGUUCCCUGGACAUGCUGAAGACCGAUGGAAGUGUGCCACAAAUGUCACUCUUCAAACAGAAGAGGGUCAAGGGAUGGUGGCCUUUUGCCGUCAAGAGUGAUGGAGAAGACGAAUAUGAACUGACAGGUAAAGUCGAGGCAGAGCUACACCUACUCUCCACAGACGAGGCUGAGAAACACCCCGCAGGUCUCGGCAGGAAUGAACCAGACCCCCUAGAGAAACCCAAUCGGCCGGAUUCCUCCUUCAUCUGGUUCCUAAAUCCCCUCAAGUCUAUCCGCUACAUUCUGUGCCACAACUACAAAUGGGUCAUCAUCAAAGUGUUGAUCGUCUUGGCGCUAGCAGCCAUUUUGGUUCUCUUCUUCUACGCCAUGCCAGGCUACAUGGUCAAGAGGAUGUUUGGGGCCUAAGUGGUACACGAUGGUCGCAAACAAAGACUGAGGCGGUUCACAUCCAGCAUGCCCGCAAACUAGCGUAGACUAUUUUGGUUUUCUUAAUAUCAUACAGAUACAUCAUUAGCAGGCAGGAAGGAAGCCACAUUUCCGGGAUUGAUCAAAUAUUGAUCACCAUGGUAACACUGUCUGUCAAGUAAUAGACAUUUGGAAUCCUAUAUUCGACAGGAAGUGGGGCUGUCGAAACAAUAGCUUUACGGAAAUGUCAAUACUCAAGUCGCGCUUCAGUGCUUUGACUCGGAUAACCAGGGGUUUUAAAUAUCCUAAUAUACAAAUGUACAAAACAAUCCUCACCUAUCAUGGAAAGUGCUCAUUAUCAAUAUUAUAAAAAACUCCAAAGUGCAAUAACUCUUCAUACCUGUUGUAUUGUUAACAUGUUGACACGAAUACCCUGUACAGAAUGUAUCAUCGUUUUUUAUGUUUAAUACUGUUUUUUAUUGAAGCACACGUCUCACUUAAACCUCAUCCUCAUCCAAUUAUUAUCAUCAUUCACACAUUAAUUAAUCCUAUAGUCAACAAUUCCUCAAAUUUUCUCCAUUCCAUGAAAAGAAUAUUCUUAUCUUAGCUCAUACAUUCCAUGCUAGCAUGUUGAAACUCUCUGAAGACAUUCGGAUGUUGAAGUGACUUUGUAUGCUUUUUUCUGGGUGUUCUUUGAUUAGCCUCCGUAGAAAACACAUGGACAUUCCUAUGAAAUUUAUUAGAUUUGUUUAUUAAUUUGUUUCAAACUUAUUAAAAUUUUGCUUUAAUUUUAAGGGGGAGGGGGGGAGGUAGCAAACAAAAUAUCACUAGCUACCUUCGGAAAAUACUCUUCAUAAAGUUAUUAUUUUUGGGGCAAAGGGUUCUUCUAUACAAAAUUAACCUUCUGAAGACUCAGGCAUCUUCCUCACAAAAUACCAAAAUUUAUGUCCUUGAUAUUCCCAUGGCCAUGAAGUCUACUGAUAUCAUUGUUUAUACACAUGGUUAUUGAGGUUUACUUCUCAAUAACACCAUCCUUUUCUUCAUAGAGGGUAAAGACCACUCAACAACACCAUCCUUUUUUUCAUAGAGGGUAAAGACCAUUCAAUAACACCAUCCUUUACUUCAUAGAGGGUAAAGACCAUUCAAUUACACCAUCCUUUACUUCAUAGAGGGUAAAGACCACUCAAUAACACCAUCCUUUACUUCAUAGAGGGUAAAGACCAUUCAACAACACCAUCCUUUACUUCAUAGAGGGUAAAGACCAUUCAAUAACACCAUCCUUUUUUUCAUAGAGGGUAAAGACCACUCAAUAACAACAUCCUUUACUUCAUAGAGGGUAAAGACCAUUCAAUAACACUAUCAUUUACUUCAUAGAGGGUAAAGACCAUUCAAUAACACCAUCCUUUACCUCAUAGAGGGUAAAGACCAGGAGGUUACAAAAAAGUUAGUGAUCAAAGACCAAAUCAGGUUUAGUGGUGAAAAGCCUGUCAAACUGUUACCCACAGUGUUGAGUUUGAACUACUGAAUUGAAAUAAGAUGUCACAUAUAUUUGAAACUUCUAUUAAUAGCUGUGUGGUAACUUGGAAACUGUCUCAUUUGCUUUAAACUUUUCAUUGUUUCAUGUGUUCAAUGGUGUAUUUGAAAAGAGAUAUGAAAAUUUGAUAUUUUCCGAACUCUUUUGUUUGAAAAUUGAUAAGUAGGGGCUGCUAAAAAACCUUGAAUUAAUCAAAUAUUAAUAUUCAGAUUUUUUUACAAAACAUAUUGAGGUUUUUUUUUUACAAAACAUGUUCUUCAAGAUGAACAGACAAACUGUAUCUAUGGAUGCUGUAUUUUCAGGGUGUUUUUUUCUCCAAGAGAUAAGUUAUUUUUUUGACUGUUUUAUCCUGAUAUUUUGGUAGAUACUCACAGGUAUUAUGUAAACAACAAUAGUCCGGUAUGGUUUGUACUGAUCUCAGCAUAUAUUCAUCUCUAGAUAUUUGUUAAAUGUUAAGUUUGACCUUUUUUUUUUUUUGUUUCAAAGUUUUGCAUCAAAAAAUCAACAAUAACAAAACUGAUUAAUUAUUCAGUCGAUGUCAGAUUCAGAUACUAAUUCUGGGGUUUCCAGUUUUGUGAUCAGGGGUAGAUUUCAUAUCAUGAUAAUUUUUGAAUAAAGUUGACUGACUUGAAGCCAAUAGGAUUUCACUCUGUCAUUAUAUAUAUAUAGACAUAGAUUAUAAGUUGCAAAUUACACAAGAAACCUGAAAUGUGAUAUAAAUUUAUGCAUCCCAAUGUUUAAACUGUACAAAGUAUUGUUUACACCUGUACAAAGUAUUGUUCACACCUGUACAAAGUAUUGUUUACACCUGUACAUAAUGUUUACACAAUGUUUUAGUGACAUUUACACCAACUUUGUUGUUUGGUUACCUUUCCAAGUAUAUCCAAUGAUAUCCAAUGAUAUCGGAGAGACACCAUCAAAAUGUGAAGGUCAUAAGGUCAGGCUAUUUCGUACUACAGUUAUUUAAUCGCUAUUGUCUGGUAGCUGUAACCAGACAAUGCCACAAGUUCAAGGUCAUUUGAGACCUGUAAGCACUGAAAGUAUACUUUCUCAUGGCUUUAAUGAGAACAACAGAGGUUAACUGUAUGAGUUUUAAUUAUGAACUUGUUCAUCUGUUAGCAGUAUCAGAGUCAAUUAAUUACAUCAGUUCACAAAUAUGUUCACCAGUCACAAAUUGUUCUGCAGUACACAAGCAGUUCACUCACAUGCUCAGCAGUUCACAAACUUUUUUAACUUGUUCAUCAGUUCAUAAAAACGUUCAUCAUUCACUCACUGUGUCCCUCUAUCUGGGAAGUAUGUGUUAGAUAGAUGCACACUGUGAUGACCAUCCACCUAGUCCACAUCCACAGUCCGAUGGUCACUAGUUCUGUCAUUCACUGGUCACUAGUUAUGUUAGCCACUGGCCAUAAAGCCACUAGUCACUAGGUGUGUUAGUCACUGGGCAUACAGCCACUGGUCACUAGGUGUGUUAGCCACUGGGCAUACAGCCACUGGUCACUAGGUGUGUUAGCCACUGGGCAUACAGCCACAGGUCACUAUGUGUGUUAGCCACUGGCCAUACAGCCACCGAUCACUAGUUGUGUUAUCCACUGGGUAUAUAGCCACUGGUCACUAGGUGUGUUAGUUACUGGGCAUACAGCCACCGGUCAUAAGGUGUGUUAGCCACUGGGCAUACAUCCACUGGUCACUAAGUGUGUUAGCCACUGGUCACUAAGUGUGUUAGCCACUGGCCAUACAGCUACCGGUCACUAGUUGUGUUGGCCACUGGGCAUAAAGCCACCGGUCACUAGGUGUGUUAGCCACUGGUCACUAGGUGUAUGAACCACCAGUUAUCAGAUAUCAGCCACUUCAACAUUUUUGACCAACAGGUUCCAUACCAGAGGUCAGAUAUAAUGUAAUAUCUACAACAUUUCUGACCACAUUUAGGUGUGUAGGUCAUUGCUUGGGACCAGGGUCAUUUAUAAACAUACUGAAUGACAUAUACUGCCAUAUAAGUCACCAAUGACCAGCAAAAAAUAAAUGAUUUUCCAAUUCGAAAUUAAAAUCUGGACAUGGUGAUAUUUGAUGUUUAUAAACUGUGUGAUUUAUUGUUAUUUGUUAAGUUUAGAGCAGAAUAAUGGUUGUGUCUUUUUGUGUUUAUUUCAGGAAAAAGAAAAAUUACAUCAUUGUUUUUGCAUAUGCCAAAUUAUACCCUGCAUUCUUUAGUUGUUUCCUUUAUCUCCUGAAAUGAUUCGCUUUAAACUGAUGCAUUGAAACAUAUGUGCACCCAUUUUGAGGAAAACAUUUGAUACCCUAUGUGUAAUUAACACCUGUACAUAUGUGUAAUUCACAACUUUACAAAUGUGUAGUACACCUGGACAAGUAGCUGAUCUUUUGUCAAGUCAUCUCACACAAAAAAUGACAUAGGGUCAGGACUGGUUCAGUUGUCCUGGUAACUGGUCGGGACUGGUUCAGUUGUCCUGGUAACUGGUCAGGAUUUGUAUGGCUGUCAUGGCUGUUCUGCACUUGUUUAUUUAUCAUGGUAACUAGUCAGAAUUAGUCUAGUUGUCAUGGUAACUAGUCAAAAUUAGUAUAGUUGCCAUGGUAACCAGUCAGGACAUACUUAGUUGUAAUGGUAACCAAUCAGGACUUGUCUGUUUGUCAAGAUAACCAGUCAGGACUUGUCUGUUUGUCAUGGUAACCAGUCAGGACUUGUCUGUCUAUCAUAGUAACCAGUCAGAACUUAUCUGUUUAUCAUGGUAACCAGUCAGGACUUAUUUGUUUCUCAUGGUAACAAGACAGGACUUAGCUGUUUGUCAUGGUAACCAGUCAGGGCCUCUCUGUUUGUCAUGGUAACCAUGCCGUCAGGACUUGUCUGUUUAUCAUGGUAACCAAUCAGGACUUGUCUGUUUGUUAUUGUAACCAGUCAGGACAUGUCUGUUUGUCAUCGUAACAGUUUAGGACAAGUUGGUUUGUCAACCAAGGACUACUUAAUAUUUUUGUCCCACUAACAGGCUUGUGACACUACUCUAAUGGUUCGUACCAAGAUUAGCCUAUGCACCGUUGAUGUUAGAUUAGCACACGAAAGGGGCAGGGGAGGGCAAUGAGAAGAUUCCAUUCCAAAUAAAAUGUGUAUAUUAACAUCAGUAUCAUCAAGAUUGUCACUACCUGUGUUUGAUAAUUUUGAACUUGUGCAAGUCUACAUACAUAUAGAUCAAUGUUAGCUGGUUUAUAUUGCAUUGUUAAUGGAUUACAUAGAGUGUGACUUUAUCAUAUCAUGGUCCUGGAUUUACAGGGAAUGGACAGGUACAGUGCGUUAUAACAAAAAACUCAGGCUUAAAAGUUCCAGGGAACGGUUGCCAUUCACAGUUCAAAUUUUCUGGGAAAUAGUUGCCAACCCCAGAUCUGACCGUACAUUAGAGAUUUCCGACACUUUUCUGCUGUGUCCUGGCCUUGUAAAAUGAUUUUCUUGUUAAAUAUAUGUUAUUUUCUCUGUAUUCAUGGAAAGACAAUUAAAGGUUAGGCCUUUUCAAGAAGUUGAAACAUUUUGUAUCCCCAGUAAUAUUCCAGUAAAGUAUUAUCAUUUCAGACCUAAAGACUGCUAACAUGGUCAGGCUACUUAUUUAUGAUCAAGAGGUCCGGUGAUAGAAUCCACAUAUUGGAAAAAGGCUGAACAGAUUUGAAUUUUCUUUGUUAGAGAUACUACACACUGCAUUGUGUAGGGGUCACAGAUUUGACCUUAGGUGGUUAAGGUGACAAUGUUUAUGUUGUGGUUGUUUACAAAAAAAAUCCUUGUGUUACAUCAAAUAUGCAGGUAAUAUAAAAAUAUUACUUCUUUCAAAAUGUUAGUUUUAGCAAUAUUCAGCAGCUGACAGCCUUUUCUUACCUAUCUGUCAGCACUUAAAGUAUACAAACAUAUGGCAACCACAUCUUAAUGUGGAAACAUAUUUGAGGGGAAAACAUGUUUGUCUUUUUAUUUUAUUACCAAACACGGAAAUCAAUAACAAGAAAUGUAUCCUGUUUUUAAACUAAAAGUCUUACUCACCAGCUGAAGGUA